AUGACCCCGAAGCAACUCGUACGGCGGACAUCGGAAGCACCUUCUUCCCAGGAGAAGAUGGUAUCAAAACCGCGACCUCGCUUAGAACCAUCACCGCUACCCCUUCAGCCUCUCGAAAACCUCCCUUCUGUUCAAGAUUACGUCCUCAAUCCAACUUCUGCCGCCUCGAACAGAGUCUCGCCAACCAAAUCCUGUCGCGACCCGCGAAACUCGCUCUCCGGUCAAGGACGUCUUAGCUACGUUCCAAUUACUGCUCCUGCUCCUCCCGCAUUCACUACAGACUCUCCGAUCAAGAAGAUCCCAUUCGACACCUACAUUCACCCUGCCACCUCUUCCUCCGCACCAAUGCCACAAUCCGCCUUAUUCACAACUUUCUCCAGCGUCAGCACGGACACGCAGCUUCCAAUCGAUCAGCAGCGCGCAGAUGUAUCCUCCGCAGACAAUUUCGCAGACUUUCCUGAGCCAUCUUUAAUCGCCAAACAGAGUAUGAAACGAUCACUCUUGGAAGCGGCUCCAUUAAAAGAGCGGUCAAAGAAACAAAAACGGGACGACAUGGCCACGAUACGGCUCCCAGAGCCCCACGAACUACCACCGGUGGAGGAUGACGGCUCAAAGCCUCCAUAUAGCUACGCGACGCUUAUCGGCAUGUCUAUACUUCGCGCACCUAAUAGGCGAUUGACUCUUGCCCAAAUAUACAAGUGGAUAUCAGAAACGUUCUCAUAUUACAAGAACAGCGACCCAGGUUGGCAAAAUAGCAUCCGCCAUAAUCUUAGCCUGAACAAGGCCUUCAUCAAACAAGAACGACCCAAGGACGAUCCAGGCAAGGGAAACUACUGGGCAAUCGAACCAGGAAUGGAGGCGCAGUUCGUCAAGGACAAGCCUCUGCGCCGCGCUACAAUGUCUAGUCUUCCUCUUUCUGUGGUGCCGCAGCGAGAGCCUGUUCAUCCACCAACCUCUAGCACCACUACGUGGGCUGUGCCACCACCUGCACAGCCUAGCGCUGCGAAGACCUCCAAGCAUGUGGAUUUAUCCUCGGACGCCACUAUCCCAGCUUCGGACCCUGCCUUGCAAGAGGACACUGACGAGAACCCACCUGCAUGCGUAGUGCAUGUUCCCCCGCGCUCAUCUCCUCCACAAGCGAUCCAUUCUUCUCCUCCGGUUGUACCACCGCGAUUUACUCGUCCAGGCACCCCUCCGACUCCCUCACAUACUGCCAACUCUACCAACGCUCCACGUCAUCGGAAACGAAAGUCAAAUCCAAUCAAUGACAGUGGAUACUUUUCCUCAUUGGAGUCCUCUGCAAUGCGAUCCAACAAGGCUAGUCAUAUAUUAACAUCCGAUCUCGAUAUUGAACCUCCUCGCAUCAAGCGUGGUAGGGCAGAAGAAGAAAUUGCGCGGAUCCGAAGCUCUUCGCACGAUAUUAGCCCAAGUCAUUCUGGGUUCUUGAAGGAGCCUGGUACACUUGUGGGAUCAUCUCCUAUUCGCAACGAAUACAUUAGCAUGCUGCCUCCACCCAUCACGCCUAUGAUCAAGUUUAAGAAGCCUGCGAAACCCCCGCCCUCGGUGUCUCCAAAUACCAACCUUCGAAAUCAUCGCAAGAAGAUUCAGCAGAUGGUCAACUCGCCGAUUAAACAUCUGGGUCUUUUAGAUGAGGAUCUUCCAUGGAGCCCCGCCUUCAACAUACAAGACGAGACUUAUACUCCAAACGAUAGCCUCCAUGCCACGUUUGAUGUCUUUGCCGAUCCUACAGCAGACCACAUAUCUACUCCAGCUUACGGUUCCCCUGAAAGACGUCCAGCCAAACGGACAAGACUUGACGCAAGCGGGUCAACAAACAACGCUCUGGCAGAUAUCACUUCUAUCAGUGCCAACAACCGAAUCGGGAGCCUCAAGUCUUUCUCGCCCAGCAAAUCCAAGGGACAUCUUUUCCCCGAAUCACCAUCAAAACUGCCUGAUUCCACACGCUUGCCAGAUACAUCUGAAGAUUUUUUCUCAUUCCACCUGUUCGACGACAGCCCACGAGAGGUUGAUGGGGUUGAUCUUUUGCAAGGGUUCCAGAAAAUUGGUGGUUCCAGCAAAGAUGACGCAUCAAGACCUCGUCCUCACAUUCCUCGACCUCAGUUCCAACGGAGCAGCAACACCCUGUUUUAA